AAUGGGGUUUCUCGAAAGAAUCAGUUACUCACACUCCGUUGGUUCCUCUUGUACCGAAAUUCGGAUAAUGGUGUCUCUAAUUUCAACAUCUCCACCUUCUUCAUCUUUCAACAUUCAUCCCUUCUUCUCUCCAAGGGGCGUCCAAUUCAGACACAACUGCGUAAAUUACAAACGGAAAACGGUACGGUGCGCCGUCACCAGCGCCGACGCAUCUCCUCCGCCGUCAACGUCGUUGGCCAAGGAACCUCACAAAUACUUCGACCACGUCAUCAUCACCGUUCGCGCCGGUGACGGCGGCCACGGCGCGGUGCUGAAUCAGCAGCAGCAGCAGCAGCAGCAGCAGCAGCAAGGAAAAACGAAGUUGAAGAAAGGGAAAGGCUCGUUGAAGAGGGACUUCGACGGAUCCCUCAUUCUCCCCAUGGGUGGCCACGGAGGUGACGUCGUGCUCUACGCCGACGAGUCCAAAGACACGCUGCUGGAGUUUCACAACAAAGGCCGCUACCACGCCAAACGCGGUGGCAACGUUGAUGCCAUGGGCGUUUUGACUUCGAUGCUUCGCGAUGGACUUGCUGCACCGACGCUGCGUAUUGCUGUUCCUGUAGGUACAGUUGUGAAAAGCAAACGAGGGAAGAUGUUGGCUGAUCUAGCACAACCUUGGGAUGAAGUUCUUGUUGCGAGGGGAGGACAAGGAGGGAUUAGCUUGUUAGAAAUGCCACAGCAUAAAAGGAAAAAGAUGAUGGCUCUGACAACUAAUGUGAUGAGAGAUGACUCGGACAAGGUUUUAAUUCACGGUCAACCUGGGGAGGAAGUUAAGCUGGAGUUGAUCCUACGAGUUGUUGCUGACGUUGGUCUGAUUGGACUUCCAAAUGCUGGGAAAUCAACACUUCUGGCAGCCAUUACACUUGCAAAACCCGAUAUUGCUGAUUAUCCUUUUACAACAUUAAUGCCAAAUCUUGGACGCCUUGGUGGUGAUCCCAGCUUGGGGGCAGGAAUGUAUUCAUCUGAAGCCACAUUGGCAGAUUUGCCUGGUCUUAUAGAAGGUGCUCACUUAGGAAAGGGUCUUGGUCGUAAUUUUUUGAGGCACCUCAGGAGGACCCGGCUAUUGGUCCAUGUUGUUGAUGCUGCCACUGAGAAUCCUAUAAAUGACUACAGAACUGUCAGAGAAGAGUUGCGCAUGUAUAAUCCUGAGUACCUUGAUCGACCAUACGUUGUAAUUUUGAAUAAGAUUGACCUACCAGAGGCAAAGGACAAACUUCCAUCAUUGACUCAAGAAAUUAUGAGAAUUGGCAACGAUGGUGCUGCUUCCGAUCCAAAACCUAGCCCUGAAGUUCUAGAUCCAUUGUCUGAUGAAACUGACAGGAAGGAAAAAAGACUUGAGGACUAUCCACGACCUCUCUCUGUUGUUGGAGUUAGCGUUCUAAAGGGUAUCAGGAUUAACGAGAUGUUAAAGGAGAUAAGGUCGGCUUUAAGGAAGUGCUCAGAUUCCAAAGAAGCAUUGGCUUUCAGCGUGCCACCUUGAGAAUCAUGUGCUAUUAUGCUUUCUUAGAAAAUGUUACAGUUCAACGAGGCUUUUUUUUGGCAAAGAUUACACGUAAAUUGGUUCUGGUAUUAAUUUGGCUUUACCAGAGAACAGAGAUUAAGAGAAUUAUUACCAGAGUUCGUUUUAGAGAAAUACUCGUGAGUCUGAUAGUCCAAGUUCCUCGAACUGAUGUUGUUGUAAGCAUCAAUUUGGCAAUUUGAUAUGAUAAGUUACAUCAUAUCAUCUGGAGUAAAAAUGUAAAAGAUAUAUGCAAUUUCUAUGUCAAAUAUUACUGCAAGAAUCUACUAGUCCCAUGCUGGCAUGGUAAACAUUAUGAGAGACAAUGUCGUGUAUGGAUUUGGAUUCUCUGCAUUCACGCAGUCAUUAUUAUGGACUGUUUGAUAAUCAGACGGUUAGUAUUCUAAAGGUAUUUUUUGAGUUGAA